GGGCCAGGCCCGCGCGGCCGUAGUGGUUCUGGGCCUUUCUUCUCGGCGCGAGCCCCGCCGUCUUUCGGCCCCGCUCGUGGAAGCCGAGGCCGACGCUUCCCGCCACGCCACCUGCCGCCGUUCGGGCUCCGCGCGGUCGCCGACCGGGCCUCGGCCGCCGCCGGGCCCCUCCGCCCACUUCGCCGUGACGAAUCGGCGCCAGGCCUGAAGAGUGCCCACAUUCGGGGGGUUUGAGGAACGUUUGUGGCCUGAAAAAAAAUCCCUGACUGGACCAAACACCACCGCGUCCUCACCUGGAGGUUUCCUUUUGCAAAAGAGUCGGGUGAGGGCUGGAAAGCAAUUAAGAAGAGUGUGGAAAGUGCGAGUGCGGACGCUCCGGACGCGAGGGGCGGGGCGUGCGCGGGACAAAGGAAAACGAGGCCGGAGCUACGGGCGCUUUUUCUGCCCGCGGUGUCUCAGAUUCAUUCUUAAGGAACUGAGAACUUAACCUUCCAAAAUGUCAAAAAGACCAUCUUAUGCCCCACCUCCCACCCCAGCUCCUGCAACACAAAUGCCCAGCACACCAGGGUUUGUGGGAUACAAUCCAUACAGUCAUCUCGCCUACAACAACUACAGGCUGGGAGGGAACCCGGGCACCAACAGCCGGGUCACGGCCUCCUCUGGUAUUACGAUUCCAAAACCCCCAAAGCCACCAGAUAAGCCGCUGAUGCCCUACAUGAGGUACAGCAGAAAGGUCUGGGACCAAGUAAAAGCUUCCAACCCCGACCUAAAGUUGUGGGAGAUUGGCAAGAUUAUUGGUGGCAUGUGGCGAGAUCUCACUGAUGAAGAAAAACAAGAAUAUUUAAACGAAUACGAAGCAGAAAAGAUAGAGUACAAUGAAUCUAUGAAGGCCUAUCAUAAUUCCCCCGCAUACCUUGCUUAUAUAAAUGCAAAAAGUCGUGCAGAAGCUGCUUUAGAGGAAGAAAGUCGACAGAGACAGUCUCGCAUGGAGAAAGGAGAACCUUACAUGAGCAUUCAGCCUGCUGAAGAUCCAGAUGAUUAUGAUGAUGGCUUUUCAAUGAAGCAUACAGCCACCGCCCGUUUCCAGAGAAACCACCGCCUCAUCAGUGAAAUCCUUAGUGAGAGUGUGGUGCCAGACGUUCGGUCAGUUGUCACAACAGCUAGAAUGCAGGUCCUCAAACGACAGGUCCAGUCCUUAAUGGUUCAUCAGCGAAAACUAGAAGCUGAACUUCUUCAAAUAGAGGAGAGACACCAGGAAAAGAAGAGGAAAUUCCUGGAAAGCACAGAUUCAUUUAACAAUGAACUUAAAAGGUUGUGUGGUUUGAAAGUGGAAGUGGAUAUGGAAAAAAUUGCCGCUGAAAUUGCACAGGCAGAGGAACAGGCUCGCAAAAGGCAGGAGGAAAGAGAAAAAGAGGCAGCGGAGCAAGCUGAACGCAGUCAGAGCAGCAUGGUUCCUGAGGAAGAGCAAGCUGCCAGUAAGACCGAGGACAAGAAGGAUGACGAGAGUGUCCCAAUGGAGACAGAGGAGACACACCUUGAAGAAGCGACGGAGAGCCAACAGAAUGGUGAAGAAGGCACAUCUACUCCUGAGGACAAGGAGAGCGGGCAAGAGGGGGUGGACAGUAUGGCUGAGGAAGGGACCAGUGAUAGUAACACUGGCUCAGAGAGCAACAGUGCAACUGUGGAGGAACCACCAGCAGACCCCACACCGGAAGACGAGAAGAAAGAAUAAAUGUUGCCUUGUUUUAUGUGUUCUAAAUACUUUUUUAAAUGAAAAAAAGAUGUUUUUUGAGUUUUAAUGGUGUUAUGUGGUUUGUGUAUUAAUAUUUUUCUUGUCCAUAUCACACCACCAAAUGCUUUUGGACCAUUUAGCAUCAUGAGCCGAAUGGCACAGUCACCUUUCUUAAGCCGUUGUGAAGAUGGUUCUUUUCUUUGGGUCUUAUUUCUAGCCCUCGACUACUGAAAGCCUCAGAAUUUAAAUUAAUUGAGAAAACACCCACCUCUUUUAGAGAGUUCUCCUUUGAUGCUGCACAAUCCGACUCUUACGAAUGCCUUCCUAUAGCUCACUGGGGUGCUUACCAAAGCCAUAGCUUUAAACCUCCCGGUCCCUGUCAACAGUCUCCUGAAAGUCCCCUUUCCUGUAGCCUUCCACAAAGAGUAGCUUCUUGAAAACGUUACCAUGUAUGAGUAUGUAUUUGUUCACUUACCCUUUUUUAUUUUUAAUCAAUGUCACAUACCAAGAGUUGUGUUAAGGAGUUGACUGCAACUGAGCUUGGGUCGUAUUGAUCCAGAAAUAGUUUCCAUAGGUAGAGUAGUUACCAGCUUCUGAAGUAGUCAUUAAAGUCAACAUGGCACAUA